GACCUAAUUCGCACUUAUCGCAGGAACCUAAACCACCUUCUCGAGAUGAACAAAGAAGUAGAAUCUGAGGUAUUCUCCGAUUACGACGAUGACUUCGAUCUUACGCCGCAUUCGACAGACGAUGAUACGCAACUUGAAAGAAUUGUAAUGGUCUCUCCUCCAGAAAGCCCUAAAGAUGAUGUGGUUUUCCAGCCCCCUCCCGAGGGUUCUAUAGCCGACGACAGUUCGCAGGAGAAGGAACCGGCACCAGAUCGGGGAAUCGAAGGCGGAGAUGGCUAUGAGUAUGUCUAUAUGGACGAAACAGAGGUUUCUAGCGUGAACCCUAAUAAUGAGAACUUUAAGGCUCUUCUGGAUUUUUUACAAAUGUGUGCUGGUGAAAUGUGUGCUGGUGAUGAUGAUGGCGAUUCUGAUUCUGAAGAAGAAGUUGAUCUCUUGGAGACUGUUAGGCAACGAGGCAUGAUCUUUCCCCGCCCCAGGUGGUAGCCACCGGAGGGAUUUUGUUGAUUAGUUCACUCAUGGCUGGAUUUUCUACCUAUCUAUAAUCCUCGGCAGCUUGUCAUUUUAUUUUCUCGUCUUUCUUUUUUAUGUGUUGCGUAUUUAGUGUUUUCUAUGUUUUUGUGUUGGGAUUUUGUUUUGAAACACUAGAUAUUUCUGAAUGUUAACUUAGAUGACUUGUAUUUUGAAAAAAUGAAAUGGUUAUGGUUAUUUAUGUAA